AUGUACCGGACCAAAAACUUUAGAUGGAAGAUGAUGCACCUUUGGGGUAUCCUGGCCCACCUAGGGCUCGUCGUCGCGGUUGCCAUUAGCUAUAUCUACGAUCUAGACAAAACCGCAAGGUCAAUACCCUGGGUCCAUUCAACAGCCGCCGAGAUGAACCCCGGGCCGUGUAGGCUUGCUCUAUCGGCCGGUUCGAACAACGGGUUCACGUUUGACCGGUCUACUCAAGCGUUGCUCAAGGCUUGCCUCGUCGUGGGAUCCCUCGGGUUCACGAUCAACAUCAUCCUCCUUGCCUUACUCCUUGUCGUUGAGCCGAACAGGAUCAGCUUGACCGAGGGCGAGCAGCAUUGGCGUAGGCAGAUCGUCACGCUUUUCGGCUGCUUGCUCAAUCUGCUUUUGGCAGGCGGAGGAGUAUGCCUGGCUGCCAGUUUGGGCAUCAAGGCGACGGAUUCUAAGGCAUUGCUUGCUCCACUACUAUGCACCUACGUCCAGGCGCCGCUAGUGUUCUCAAUAGCCGUCUGCGAUGCGGUUAAGAACUAUAGAGAGGGCAAAGACCUUCUUGACUAAACGUGAGGGGUAUGAUGUUUAGGCGGCGUUAAUCAUUUGAAUUCAUUUCGUGGGCGUAGUAUUUUUAUUGGGGUUUCUUUUUUUCUUUUUUUUCCGGCGCUAUAC